AUGUUGAAGAGGAAAAAUUAUAAUAUUAACCCCAAUAUUACAACAACAAGGAAUUAUUAUGGAAACGAAAAAAAUGUAGAUAAUAAAGGUGACAUAUAUGGGGCGGUUUAUUUAAGAGCAUUAGAAAAGUGUAGAAAAAAAGAGAAGUUAAACUUGCUUCCUCUUUUCAUAAAAGCAUAUAUGUUUAUCCAUUUAAUUUGGAUGUUGCUUGUUUAUUCUAAUAAUAGUGCGGGUGAUACCAUUUAUAAUAUGUUAGGAGAGAAUUACGAUAUACCAAAGAAUGACAAAUUUAUAUUAAGAACAAAUAGAGUAUUAGUAGAAAGUGCAAGGAGUUUAAAUUCCUCUUACGAAACUUUAGAACAAAAUAUAGUAGAUAAAAUAGAAAAUAUUUAUGAACAACAGACAAGAAACAUAGCAUCCAAGAUUAUGGCUUUUAUAAAAAAAAUUGAUUUGAUAGUUGAAAAAGAAAUAGUAAAAGCUUUAAAAUAUAUAGAUUCUGAAAAAGAGGCUCCAAUUAAAAGUGGUAUGAAUUUUUUCGAAAAAGUCAAAAAUUUUUUCAAAGGUUUAAAGAUAUUUUCAACACCCGUUUUAGCUACAGUCACUGCGUUGGCAGCUUAUUAUAUUAAAGCCCAUUUAAUUUCAGCAUCAUUUACUCUGACCAUAGCUUUCAUACCCUUUUUGUCAACAUGUUAUUUAAUAUACAAGGUUUAUAAGAUACGCAGUGAAAUGGCAUAA